AUGACACUGCCCAUCUCCCUAAAUGUGAUGGUUAUUCUUGGUUGCUGCUACUUCACUAGCUGGAUGGAAGCCCUCCCACCUAUCAAACUAACCGCUUCUUCUGUUGAUCAAUUUCUCUAUGACAACUUCAUCUGCCGCUAUGGUCCUUUCCAAAACACCUCCGACGGUGAUUCUGAAUUUACCGCUGGUAUCAUUGAAGCCUUACUCACCUGCUUCCAUAUCAUUCAUCGAAUCACACUAUCAUACCAUCCUCAAUCGCAUGGUUUCAUCGAAACACAACACAAAAGUCUUAUCAAUGCUUUACUUCGUCUCAACGAACCUUGGAUUUCCAACCUUUCUGCUGCUGCACUUGCUGAACUGUCGAGCGUAUUAGUGGUUAUUCACCAGGUUACCUUAUCUUUGGCUACUCUUCCUUUUCUCCGCUUGAUGAUGACAUAUUCUUCCCUAAUGUAUUGA